GGGAAGGAGGAUGGAUGGUGGCCAGGCUGUGCAGGGCUGGGCUGCGCAGGAGCCAGCUCCUCCCUCUCGCUAUUUAUUCCUCCCCGUCGCUCUGCGGCCGAGGCUGAAUCACCCCGAACUGAGCAAGCAACGGGCUCCUAGCCGCCAUGGCCAGGCUCCUCCUCACCUGCUGCCUGGUGGCCCUGCUCCUCGGCACCUGGACCGACGUCGCCCUCUCCAAGAAGAGCAAAGGCAAACCCAGCGGAGGCGGUUGGGGCACUGGGAGCCACCGCCAGCCCAGCUACCCCCGCCAGCCCGGCUACCCCCAAAAUCCCAGCUAUCCCCAUAAUCCGGGCUACCCCCACAACCCCAGCUACCCCCACAACCCGGGGUACCCCCACAACCCCGGCUACCCCCACAACCCCGGGUGGGGACAGGGUUACAACCCAGCAGGCGGGAGCUACCACAACCAAAAACCAUGGAAACCCCCCAAAUCCAAGACCAACUUCAAGCACGUGGCGGGGGCGGCGGCGGCGGGCGCCGUGGUGGGAGGUUUGGGGGGCUACGCCAUGGGGCGCGUCAUGUCGGGGAUGCACUAUCGCUUCGACAGCCCCGACGAGUACCGGUGGUGGAACGAAAAUUCGGCGCGUUACCCCAACCAGGUCUACUACCGGGACUACAGCAGCCCCGUCUCGCAGGACGUCUUCGUGGCCGACUGCUUUAACAUCACGGUGACCGAGCACAACAUCGGCCCCGCCGCCAAGAAGAACGUGUCGGAGGCUGGUUCGGCCGUCAACCAAACGGAGACGGAGCUGGAGACCAAGGUGGUGACCAAGGUGAUCCGGGAGAUGUGCAUCCAGCAGUACCGCGAGUACCGCCUGGCCUCGGGCAUCCGGCUGCACCUCGCCGACGCCUCCCUCGCCGCCCUCCUCCUCCUCACCCUCUUCAUCAUGCACUGAUGCGCCCCCACAGCUUCGAGAUGUCACCCAUGUCCCCGUGGGGGGACCUCCCCAAACCUCCCCGUUCUUGCUUGCGGUCGUCUUUGGUGAAGAGCCCUUGGGGCGCGCGGGCACCGACGCUCCCCACCACCUCCCCCGGAGGCUUUGGUUUAGGCAACUGGAUGAAAAUUUCCUUCUCCACCCCAAAAGGCGCCCCCGGCGUGACAGGACAGCGAUGGAGCUGGAUGCCCAAAAGAAAUGGCCUUCAUCACCACCUCCUCCUCCUCGGGACCUGCCCGAGAGGGAUCAGGCAGAGAGAAGUUCACCUGGUCCUUGGCAUCCCUGCAAGAGCGUUUCUGAGAGUCAUCUUUGCUAAAAAGCAGGGUUUUACCUAAUUCCCUUAAUCCCGCUUCCACCACAACCCCUUCCCCCAGGGCACAGUACAGCGUUGCAUCCGAGCACCCAUAUAUAUCUAUAUACACACCCCACGGGGGUAUAUAUACCCCACCCACAUACCCCAUAGGGGUUUUAGGAGGGUCAGAUAUGGGGUUUUCAAGCAACAAGCUACUGGGUUGCAAUUUUAACCCUUUAAUCCUAAAACUCGCCCUUCCUCGUGUACAUACGGACCUGCCCGCUCCGCGCCUCGCAUGCUGCAAAUAUCUCCUGCAGCAAUACACAAAAAUAAAGUGAUUUUUCUUUUUUUUUUGCUGAAACCCCGGCCGGGUUUCGCUUGACCCCCUGCGCCGCUUUGCUUUAGGUUGAGCCUCUUUUUUAGCCUUUCUAAAGGCAAAAAGUGCUGCUGAAUGCCCCCAAAACCCCCAGAGCGGUAACACUUGGUGUGUCACAGCCUGAGAAAAAGCUGGUUUGGAGGUUCUGUAGGUGACAACUCACACUCGCUUCAGCACCUUGGCCUAAAGGACGUUAAAAAUACAGCAGAAAGGAUGCUCAGGGGGGGUCAAGCAUGUAGCAAGAGACUUAAGUCAGCUCAAUCAGAUGGUUACAGCAAACAGCAUCAGGAAAACCAGGCCUGAGGGAUGGGAGAUGCUUAAAAAAAACAAAACAAAACAAACACCUUUUGCAAUUAAUUUGUGGAAACAGCGGGUGAAAUUGAUGCUUCUUGUGUUUGGGUCGAUGCUGGGUCACGUCUAACCUGUAGCAUCUGUAAAGUUGCACUUGUCGAACCGGUCGCCCCGAGUUAUAUUUAAUAUCUCUCGUGUAUUUUUUUUUAUUUUUUUUAAAUUUUUUUUUUUUUGCAAGGCACUGAAUGACACCCUCCUAAAUAUUUUUUUCGCAUCGGUGUAAGCUAAGUGAAGAUAGAGAUAUAUAUAUAUAUAUAUAUAUUAAUAAAAUAGAGAUAAAUCUUUCAGGAUAUUCACCGGAAAAGCAGGGCUUUGAGGUAACCCCUACUUUGUGAUACGCGAAUGUUUUGUAAAUCCGUUAACGGUGCAUGCACGGAAUUUGCCGUUCUGAUACUUUUCUAAGUGUUCGACGUCUGGUACAAAUUAAAACAGAUAAAGCCAAGAUGCA